GAGAGCGCGCCCGCCAGUGGAGUUUCCCCGCCGGAGAAGACACACGCGCGCAGGCAGUCCGCCAUGAGCUCCGCAGCCACCUAUUUCCGCUCUCCGCCGGCCUUGAUCCCGGCCAAGAGGCUCCACUUGCCCGAAGGGGUGACCCUGCCCCCCGGAGACUACAGCACCACCCCCGGGGGGACCCUCUUCGGCACCACGCCCGGAGGUACACGCAUUAUUUAUGACCGUAAAUUUCUAAUGGAGUGCCGUAAUUCUCCUGUGGCCAAAACACCACCGUGUGAUCUUCCAGACAUUCCAGGCGUUACAUGUCCAAAUGUGGAUGAGGUCAGGAAUGAGAGCAGCCUGGUCCAUGCCGAGGUGGAGAAACUAGGCUUAGGUGAUGAAGCCCAGUUCGACAUGGACAUCUGAAGCCCGUCUCGGAGAAGACUUGCGGAUUUUCCCCAGUGAAGACACGAAAUCAACCGCGCUUCCAGAACGAGGGAGGCUUGUAGAAUAGCCUACACUUCACAAAUCUUUUCAGGACGGAAGGUCCAUUAUUUUUUGUUAUUGUUGUCGUUCUUAUUCAGAGAACAAGAAGAGACUUUCUGUUACCAAAGGUUGGAAAACUUUUUUGUGUCGGAGAGGCGGAGGAGCCUGGGAGAGGAGGGAAGUCUGUGCCUUGGUUCGUGUGCCUUGUUCACCGACAUCCGUGUUCCCAAACAGGGGACUGCAUUAAAGGACAGACAUAAAAUCAUGUUGGAUUUAGGGGAUUAAUGUAGAUUAAGGCAUGAUGCACAAAAGUGGCAACAUGGUGAUUCGCAGAGCCGUAUCGUUAAACCAAAAUAAUAAUUUUCUGGCUUAAUACUUUUCCAUUGCCAUCAGCACCAAAUCUGGGAGGGGAGGAAGCCUGAUUUUAAAAGGAAAAUGCUUUUGGAACAUUUCUCCUGUUUUCUUUCUGCGUCUACUUCGUCUGGUGCUGCAGUAAACAAACUGACCGCCGAUAUGAGUGGAUCCAGAUCAGUUUCAGCCUUCCUUUCCUUACGGGGAAACAAAACAGCCUCCCUGUAUAAAAGGGUUCAAACAAAAGUGGCUUUUCGAAAACUUUUUGCACAAAGUUCUUGAUAUGCUAUAGAGAAAUGGGUAGCUUGCACUAUUUUUCUUUCUCUUGAAGGGCUACAUAAAUGCUCAUGUUGGAUCUAUGCACAUCCUUCUCUGUACAUUACAUGUAAAAUAAAGAAACGAAGAAAAUAUUA